AUGAGGACUGGCGCUUUCUUGUACGCCUUACUGCUCGCAGCUUUGGCCCCUGCUGCGAGCCCACAGGAGUGUGGGAAAGACACGCUUGGUCACGACGAAGUGAAGGCGUUUAAACAGCCUUCGCCUGUGACAGAGGCCGAGAGGGUUGCCCUCAGAUUUAAUCCAACGAUCCUUGUUGGUGAAGGAUGCAUGCCGUAUCCUGCAGUGAAUUACCGGGGCCAGGUGAGUGAAGGUCUCAAGCCUUCGGGGCGUCAAAAUGGCAAGUGCAAGGGAUCCGGGCAUGGCUCUCAAGUCUACGGGCGUGCGACCGAGUUUGACGGUAAAUAUGCUCUGAUGUACGCGUACUACUCACCCAAAAAGAUGGUGGAGCGCUCACGGAACGAUCGCGCCUCGCCCGAGCAAGGAUACGACCAUCGUCACGCCUGGGACCAUUGUGUCGUCUGGCUCCCCAGUCGUAACUCUUCGACGAUUCUGGCGGUGUCGGGCGUCAUCAAUAGUGCGGUGUUUAUCAAGCCUUCAGAAAUGGACGGGGACCGCAUCAAACUUGCGUUCGAGGAGACAAAAGGGUGGGAUAUCUACUUGCAGAUUACUAGUAAAGAAGGCGGCCACACCCUUCCCCUGAUCAUGUGGGAGCAGAUGACUGAAGCUGCCCGCUGUUCACUCAGUGAGACGGAUUGGGGCGUCAGAGCAGGAGUUAUGCCUUUAGGUAACCGCGUGUUCCAAGACCAGUUGGCACGCGAUAACCCUUUUAAGAAAGAUAAGUGA